AUGAUCUUAUACGGUCUACCAUACAGUGGCCAUUUGUUAGCUGCUCAUGAUCCUUCGGCAUUAAACGAUGUUUUGGGUACAAUUGAAGUUUAUAUGACGAAACGGCAACGCACCCAUGUAUCACUGCUACGUGUAUGGGAAUCAGACGAUCCUCAUCCACAGGAAGAUUCUCUGGAUUGUCUCUGGGCUCAAAUAUGCAAUCUUCGAGGUGCAGGUUGGGUGGAGAAGGUGACAUGGAGACUAUACGAUUCUUUUCCAAGUUUAAGAGAACAUGGUCAACCUCAUAAAUUGUCACCUCUUACACCUCCAGAUUAUGACACAGAGGUGAUAUACCCUCUUCCUUCUGUUGUUUUUCGAAUGUUUGACUACACAGAUGUAAUAGAUCAAGAUGAGAAUGAUAUCAUUCCCAAUUCCGAAUCAUCUUCAGAUCCCAUGAAGUCAGCUAGGGAAACUCAUGUUCUCCCUGGAGCUCAUACUAUUGAGCGGUUCCUCAUCGAUGAACACUUGGCUAUUUUGAUGAAUAAUUUAAGUUUCAACAGAGUUAUGUGUGCCAAAGCCUUGCUAGGACUCAAAACUCGAGCAAAAGUCGCUCUAAAUUAUAUGAUCAUUGAAGCUAUUUUUGCUGGAAUGUUUACUUUACCUCGUCCACCUGUCCAACAUGGUAAUCUUCUGUUCUAUGGCAGUUUGCUUAUUCAAUUAUGUCACGAAGCUGGUAAAACCAUCCCUCUUGUGGUGGCUCAAGCGGCUGAAGUUGUAUUUGAACGUUUAGAAAACAUGAAGCCCGUCUGUAUUGGAAGAUUCAUUGAAUGGUUUUCGUAUCAUUUAAGUAAUUACCAACUGCAAUGGGGCUGGAGAGAAUGGUCAUCAUGUCUUACACAAGAACCUAUGUCUCCUCAAAGACGUUCAAUCACAGAAACUUUGUGUCGAUUGAUACGUUUCUCUUACUAUGAAAAUGUGAAACGUCUAUUGCCAAAAUCAUUUUAUAUCCUUUUACCACCUCAACCUACUGUUAUUAAUAAGUAUGAAAAGAAUCCAGAAUUACCAUCUGCGCGUGCAUUCCUACGACUUGUUGACUCAAUGCGAUCACGUCUUGAGCCUCAAAACAUCCUGAGGAUUGCUGAAAAUGCCGCUCAUUGUAAUAGUCGACGUCGUUCAAUUUCAGAACCAUUUGAUGACGAUGGCUCUAGAACUGAGGAAAAGGAUGAUGAUGAAGAUGAAUCUAGUGAUAACAGUGAAUCUCAACAUAGUGAUGAGGAACGCCGUGGAAGAAGCCCUAUUGACACUAUUCCUUUAUCAGACCCUGAGUUUGAUGAUCUAGAUGAUUCAGAAUCUGGUAAACAAGCAAUGCGUGCACGUCUUAAAGCACGUCGACGAAUGCUACGAGAAAGUGCUAUGAAGCGAAAAAUGAAUCUCUCAUCAAACGAUAAGCAUAAUGAAAUCUUGGGAAUAAAAGGGGAUACUGUUGAAAAGUCACCAUAUACUCCACCUCCAGUGACUGAACUUUCUCCUGGUGUAACCAAUUUGUCUAUUGAAUUGUUCUUUUCUGCUCUAUUAAUUGCUGGUCAUAAAACAAUAAGUCACACAUUUGCAUUCAUUAAAAAGUAUGCUGGCGUUAUCCGUACUCUUACAUCGACAGUUGAGACGCAGGUGGAGGCUUUACAUGUGAUUCAAGCAGUAUGGGCUAAUAAUCCGCAAAUGAUUGUCAUCAUUACAGAGCAUAUGUGUCGUGUUGGUCUAAUUGACCCGGAAGCUGUUGUACGAUGGGCGUAUUCCCCCAUAAUGACAUCACUAACAGACAAUACCAUCAACUUGAACUCAGCGAGUGCUCGUCCGAAAAUUUUGGACUUUUAUGUAUGGGAAUGUUUGAGUCGAACACUGAUUCGUGUCGGUAGGCGUGUGGCUCGCAUUACAGGUCGAUUAGAAUUGGCUAAAGAAAAUGUGGAAGUAGAAAGACGUCGAUCCCCGUACUCUACUCCUGAUCGAGAUGAAGCUGAUCAAGGGGAACAUCCUGGCGGUUUUGUACGCAAUGGAGGUGAUGAUAGUUCAUUCUUUAAAAAACCAAAAGACUCCAUUUCUGGAAGAUUGAGAAGGAAUGAUAACCGAAAAUUGAUAGCAGGCUGUGAGUUGGUUUCCUCAUCAGAUGAUGAAGCAUAUGGGGGAGGAAAAGAUAAUGCUGAUGGUAGAGUAGCGCGGCUUGAAGAAGCUAGAUGUGAAGCUGUUCGUAGUCAGUGCGCUGUCAUUACACUACUGUUGCAUCGUCAUGCUAGACUAACAGCCGAACUUGCAGCUGAAAUUUCAGGGUCUACUCUGGAUCAUUCAUUAGCUUCAGAAUCGUCAUUCUUCUUACAUGAAACAAUUCAACCUACGAGUUUAUCUGAACAAGCUUUACGAAACAUUAUGUUCUGGCUUAAAGGUCGUUUAGUACAGGUAGUGCUUGAGCAUUGUGAUCAGUUAAUACCUUACCUUGACAAUUUGGAUGAAUUCAUUUGUGGAGCUCAUCCUGAAGUCCAAGAUGUGUUCCAACAGUUACGCUCUCUCUACGCAUAA